CAAUCAGCGGGUAAAUCUUCCACUGAAUUUGAAGAAGAUUCUUCCAUGUUCGAUCUGAUCCGGCUCCAGAUAUCGAGAGUUGAAUUGCCUCGAAACAGCUCGAUUUUAAUCAGAGACGCGCGACCGAGAGAGAUAGAGAGAUUCGAAGCUGCGUGGACCGUCCGAUUGACUAUGUGAAGUCUGAUUUACGGAGGCGAAUGGCGGGAAAAUUGACUUGAGGCGCGAUUUACUGUGUGGAUCCAAAAUGAAGAAGAAGGUGUCGCAGCAGAAGUUACUGUACAGAUGGAAGAGGAAGGUAUACGCCACGUUGAUGUUCGCUUUCUGCUUGGGGACUUUCGUAUUUAUCCAAGCUCGUUUCGCAUUUAUCCAAGCUCGUUUCAAUGGAAUCACUGCGUCUCUCGAUUCGCUGAAGAAGCCUCGUCUCGAUCAGAAAUCACAGAUUGCCUUCCUAUUCAUUGCCCGGAAUCGCCUCCCUCUCGAGUUUGUCUGGGAUGCAUUCUUUCAGGGUGAGGAUGGCAAGUUCUCAAUAUAUGUUCACUCUAGACCUGGAUUCGUUCUCAGCGAGGCUACAACGCGAUCCAAGUUCUUCUUGGAUCGGCAAGUUAAUGACAGUAUACAGGUUGAUUGGGGUGAAUCGACCAUGAUUGAAGCAGAACGUGUAUUGCUCAGACAUGCACUUAGAGAUCCAUUUAAUCACCGCUUUGUUUUUCUUUCUGAUAGCUGCAUACCUCUGUACAGUUUCGGCUACACAUAUAACUACAUCAUGUCAACACCUACUAGUUUCGUUGAUAGCUUUGCAGAUACAAAAGAUAGCCGUUAUAAUCCUAGAAUGAAUCCCAUUAUUCCUGUUCAUAACUGGAGAAAGGGAUCACAGUGGGUCGUUCUUAAUAGAAAACACGCAGAUAUUGUGGUGAAUGAUACCUCCGUCUUUCCUAUGUUUCAGCAGCAUUGCAGGAGAAAAUCACUUCCAGAGUUUUGGCGAGAUCGUCCUGUACCAGCUGAAGGUUGGAAGGAACACAACUGUAUACCUGAUGAGCACUACGUUCAGACAUUGCUAUCUCAAAAGGGUGUGGAUAGCGAACUCACACGCCGAUCACUGACACACUCAGCUUGGGACCUUUCUUCCUCUAAAAGUAAUGAACGUCGUGGAUGGCAUCCUAUGACUUACAAGUUUUCUGAUGCUACUCCUGAUCUUAUACAGUCUAUUAAGGGAAUCGACAAUAUCAACUACGAGACUGAAUACCGGCGAGAAUGGUGUAGCAGUAAAGGUAAACCGUCGCCGUGCUUUCUCUUCGCCAGGAAGUUCACUCGUCCCGCCGCUCUCCGCCUCCUCCGUGAAUCUAUCUUGUUAGAGGACAAAGAGCAAGACAAUUAAGUAGAUCCUUCACCAUUCAUAGCAUAUAUUACACAUAGGUACGUAAGAUUACCAAGAGUUAUUAUGUUUGUACUAUUUGUGAUUUCAUUUGUAAUACAAUAGAUAUCGAAUUUACAU